AUGGAAAAUCUCAUUCCAGUCGUCAACAAACUUCAAGACGUUUUCGCCACUCUCGGACGCAAAGAGGAUCAGAUUCAGCUGCCACAGAUCGUCGUCGUCGGAUCGCAGAGUGCCGGAAAGUCGUCAGUUAUCGAAAACCUCGUCGGCCGCGAUUUCCUGCCACGUGGAACCGGUAUCGUCACCAGAAGGCCUCUGAUCCUCCAGCUGAACCAUGUGGCACCGGACGACGAGACGAAACGACGGCGGUCGAACGGAACACUACUCACAGACGACUGGGCAAUGUUCGAGCACACCGGAUCGAAAGUGUUCACAGAUUUCGACCUGGUUCGGAAGGAAAUCGAAGACGAGACGGACCGAGUGACAGGCGUGAACAAGGGCAUCUCGCUGCUGCCGAUCAGUCUGAAAAUAUACUCGCAUCGUGUCGUUUCCCUCUCGCUCGUCGAUCUUCCCGGAAUCACAAAGAUCCCGGUCGGAGACCAGCCGGCGAACAUCGAAGAACAGAUAAGAGACAUGAUCCUCCUGUACAUCUCCAACCCCUCCUCGAUUAUUCUCGCAGUCACCCCCGCUAACCAGGACUUUGCCACCUCCGAACCAAUAAAACUGGCGAGAGAAGUGGACUUUGGCGGCCAGCGAACACUCGCAGUGCUCACGAAACUGGACCUGAUGGAUCAGGGCACCGAUGCGAUGGACGUUUUGAUGGGAAAAGUGAUUCCCGUCAAGCUGGGCAUCAUCGGAGUCGUCAACCGAUCGCAACAGGCUAUUCUGGACAACAAGGCGAUCACGGAUGCAGUGAAGGACGAGCAGAGCUACCUUCAGAAGAAGUAUCCGACAUUGGCGAGCAGAAAUGGUACUCAUUACUUGGCGAAGCGGUUGAACAUGGUAAAAAAUGUUUGGAUUCUAACCUAAUUCCUUUUUUUCAGCUCCUUAUGCACCACAUCCGCAACUGUCUUCCAGCGCUCAAAGCCCGUGUCUCAAUAAUGAAUGCACAGUGCCAAUCGGAUCUUGUCGCCUUCGGAGAGCCCGUCGAGGACAAGAACCGAACUCUCCUGCAGAUCAUCACUCGAUUCGCCACCGCCUACACCUCGACCAUCGAAGGAACCUCACGCAACAUCGAAACGACCGAAUUGUGCGGAGGAGCACGCAUCUGCUACAUCUUCCACGACACGUUCGGAAAGUCGCUGGAAUUGGUGAACCCGCUGGAAAAUCUCACUCAAUUGGACAUUUUGACUGCGAUAAGAAACGCGACCGGCCCUCGCCCCGCCCUUUUCGUUCCGGAAGUCUCUUUUGAGUUACUCGUCAAACGACAGAUCCAAAGACUCGAAGAACCGUCGUUGAGAUGUGUGGAACUCGUGCACGAGGAGAUGCAGAGAAUGGUGCAGCAUUGCGGAUUCACGACCCAACAGGAGAUGAUCCGAUUCCCGCGGCUUUACGAUAAAAUCAACGAGGUGGUCAGCGGGGUGCUGAAGGAGAGAUUGAAGCCGACGAACGAGUUGGUCGAGAACCUGGUGGCCAUCGAACUCGCCUACAUCAACACGAAACAUCCAGAAUUCACAGAGGCCAAUCUGGUGACUCUUCUCAAGGAGGAGCUCUCUUUAGACGACCGGCAUGCUCGCACGAGGCACCGAAAUGCUUCGACUGGCGAACGGGCGGUCAGUGCGCACGGAGAACAGGUAUAAACCUUGUUGUGCUCGAAUAAAGCUGAAUCUUCUUCAGUUACAGCAAAUUGCCCCGGCACAAGGUGUGAACGGAGUGGACCUGAAUUCAGUGCUCCAACAGCAACAACAACAGAAUCAGAGAGCCUCUAAUGGAUUCCUGGGACUGUUUGGGAAUGCGACGAGCAACAACAAGGCUUCUCCGCAAGAGAGUAGGACUUAGAAUAGGCUUCUGCCCCUGCAAUUCGUAAAAGUUUCAGAGCAAUCCGCGAAUUUCCUGCCGGAAGUGCCGGAGACUCAAUUGGGAAGGAAGCUGACGAGCCGCGAGCAGAGGGACGUCGCCAUCAUCGAACGUCUCAUUCGGAACUAUUUCAUUAUCGUCCGCAAAAACAUUCAGGACAGUGUGCCGAAAGCUAUUAUGGCUCUGCUCGUCAACUUUGUCAGAGUACGCAUUUCAUUUUGAUAGUUUGAAUGUAAAUUCUGAUAAUUUCCAGGAUAAUCUGCAAUCGGAACUUGUUCGUCAGUUGUACAAACCGGAUGAGAUGGACGAUUUGCUAGCCGAGACCGAAGACAUGGCACAGAGACGGAGGGAUACUCUCGAGACCAUGAAGGUAUUUAUAAAAUAUUUAAAGUUUCAGCUAAGUUUGUGGUAUUUUCAGGCUCUCCAACAAGCCAGCGUCAUAAUCAGUGAAGUGCGCGAGACCCAAGUCUGGUGA